AAUCCCGAAAGAAAUUGGCGCGCAAUCCCAUCACGCCAAGGAAAAAGAGAAGAAUGUGCAUGCGAAGCAGAAGGGAAAGGUUGUUGGAAAGGCGAUUAAAAGUUGUAACAGAUGAAGAACAGGAAGAAUUUGGCGCAAUUCUGAAAGUAGGGUACAUGUCAGAGGAUGAAGAUGACACUGAUGGGGAAGGUUGGCGCCACUUGGAAUUGCCUUGGAGAGCGAACAAUGUGACGCAGUUCCUUAGGACUUUGGACAGUCGAAUUAAGGAUACGAAGAAAGAAUUUAUGAAAGAACGGACAAAGAGAACCAGUUCUGGGUUAUCUUUUAAGAAAGCGCCUAAAGAUGCUCCUACAUGGGCUGUGAAGCAAUCUCUGCGGACAGAAUUUAAUAAGUCAGCCAGUGCAUCUCGUGGGGGAACUGCGUUACGGACGCGAGGAGGGAGGGGUGUAAGAACGCGCGGAGGUGUGCGACGAUCUAUUUCGUACUCUGCAAAAGACGUACUUAGCUCUUUUACUGAUUAAUCUGUAUAUCUGCAAAUU